GGGAAGUUGUGGCAUGCAGAAGCAGGUAAAGGUACUGUAAAUGUGAGGGAUUUACAAAGCACUGCUACAGCUCAUGAUUUUUUAUGGACAGACAAGGAGUUGGUUGAUAUGAUUCGCUACUUCGAUAGUGAUGGAGAUGGAAAGCUAUUGGAAUAAUCUAGAGAAGAUCAAUCACUUGGAACAUCUUAGGCAAAUGGAAGACUCACUACGGGAAUCAACCAAUCGAGUGUGCCUCCAGAAGGAAAAUUUAGGAAAGCACCAACUGAUGUCACUUGAAUGUGCUAACCAGUUGCAGGAAGGGAUGACAUUACCCUUAUGAUGGCAAAUCUACAAGAAUCCCAACCCCUGUCUUGGCUUUUGAAUAAUGAUAAUCAUCAGUUGAUGUUACCUAAUGAACCAAAAUAUCUAUCAUUUAGGUGCGUUAACUCUUGUAUGAGUCUUGCAUUCUCAAUUCUACAAGCUUAGUGCUACUCCUGUUGAACUGGUUUAGUAUGAAAAUUAUACUUGUUAUCCUGCUAGUAGAUCUGUUUUCCAAUUAGUACGUUUCAUUAGACUAGUAAUUUUAUCAAAUUUUCUUUCUAAAUUUGACACAGCCUUGUGUUUCAUUUUGUAAUCUAGCUACUGAUUCAAUAGUAUAACAUACAGUGAUAAUACCAAUA